AUGAGUGAAGCAUUUAAUGAAGAUACAUCAGACUUGAACAUUUCUGCGCCAUACGACUUGCCAGGGCGCUAUAAAGAAAUUAUUAAAAACUUAGUUAGAAACUAUAUUGAAAUGUGGCUACCCGAAGACAAAACAUAUCCGAAUUUGAAAACAUUAAGUGAAUCUGUAUGCAAUGAAAUUAUCAAUAAGCUCUUCCGCAUAACUUUUGUUUUUCGUUCAGAUUUAGGGAAAUUGCUUGACGAAGGGCAAGAAUAUAUUCUUAAACAAACUAAGGAAAACGAUGAAAGCAAAAUUUUAAUGACAGACGAAAAUGAAUAUGAUGAUAAUCAAUGGCAAGUCAAUAGAAUGACAGACACUGCUAAAAGAAUAUGGUCAACAUGGAAACAAUGUGUACGAGAAAUGCCUAGAGCUGGAAUUAUUCCAGUGUCAAUAAGUACAAAUUAUUGUCCAUUACAGAGAUAA